AUGUCAGUCUGUGAGGAUAUGCUUCUUUGCAAUUACCGCAAAUGCCGAGUCAAACUUUCAGGCUACGCAUGGGUCACAGCCUGCUCACAUAUUUUCUGUGACCAACAUGGCAGUGGGGAAUUUAGCCGCUCGCCUGCAGUCUGCCCUGCUUGCACCAGUGCUCUUUCUGGUAAACUGGAUAUUGUUCGAACAGAACUCAGUCCUUCUGAGGAAUACAAAGCCAUGGUCCUAUCUGGACUGCGACCAGAGAUUAUUCUGGACAUCAGUUCCAGGGCUCUGGCUUUCUGGACAUACCAGGUAAACACCAAUGGAAUUUUAAGGUUUUGAAAAUUUAGCUGUACUCUAUCUUUUCACUAUCAAGAGGAGAUGCAGAUUGGGGUGGAUUUGUAACAGAAAAACCAGACAUAAAAUAGUUAAGAAACUACCUUUGGCUAAUUAAACAAUUUAUGGCCUUUUAAACUCUGUGUGUUGGGGGUUAUUUCUUUUCUUUUCUUUUCUUUUCUUUUCUUUUCUUUUCUUUUCUUUUCUUUUCUUGUUUUGCUUUGUUUUGUUACUAUGUUAUGCAUGUUUGUGUUGUGUAAACCACCCUGUGAUCCUUAGAUGAAGGGAGGUAUAGACAUUAAAUUUACUACUGCUACAGUCAAACCUUGGUCCCUGAACGCCUCCGUUUUGGAAUGUUUUGGCUCCGAACACCUAAAACUCAGAAGUAACUGCUCCGGUUUUUGGAAGCCGAAUGUGUUACGUGACUUCCAUUUUGAGUUUUCUUAUUUUAUUGAGGCUUCCGCUUCAGUUUUCAGUUGUAUAACAUUUCAGAAGCUGAACUUUCUUCCAAAAUGGAUUACGUUUGACAACUGAGAUUUGACUGUACUACUACUCCAGCCUCCAAUCUGCUCAACUUCUGCUAGAGAUUUCAGCUGAAAGAGAAAGGAAGAAAAAUAAUGAGGAAGAAUAAAAGAAUCAAGGGAGGGGGGAAUACAUCGAGCACAUAUUGCUCAGCCCUGACAUCACAGUGGCUCUUAUGCUCCUGCUUACUCUGUCUUCUAUCCUUGCAGGUUCAUCAGGAGCGCUUAUACCAAGAAUAUACCUACAGCAAGGCAGAGGGUCACCUGAAGCAGAUGGAGAAAGUCUACACCCAGCAACUCCAGAGCAAAGAUGUGGAGCUGACUUCCAUGAAGAGUGAGGUCUCCUCCCUAAAGAAAGUACUGGAAGAAUACAAAAAGAAAUUCACUGAGCUCUCAGAGAAACUCAUGGAGCGCAAUCGGCAGUACCAGAAACUGCAGGGCCUCUAUGACAGCCUACGCUUGCGCAACAUUGCUGUGGCCAACCAGGAGGCAGGCCAAGAGCCUCCUAUGAUGUCCCAGCCUGUAUUUGGUUUCUCUUUGGGUAAGGACAGGGGCCUUUCAGUUGGGUAGUUAAACUUGUACUAGCAUUUAACUUUUUCCCCACAAAGAGCAAUAUGAGAGAAACAUAGGCAUGAUGGGGAAAUCCUAUGUAUAUUAGAAAAGUAUAGUUUUGCCCCCAGACACAUGGAGCCGCUUAGAGUGGCUGGGGCAACCCAGUCAGAUGGGCAGCAUAUAAAUAAUAAAUUAUGAUGACAAUGGUGAUGAUGUUACCAACUCAUUUCUUCUGUCUCUCCUAGCAAAGCAAAUGGAACUUUGCCCAAUUUUUGUGGUUAAUUCUCUUGAGUGCCACACCUCACUGAAUAUGCCCUAAUCAUUUCCUUAUCUACACUAUACAUUUAAAGCAGGAUCUUGCCACUUUAAACUGCCAUAGCCUCCUGCCUCAAUUUCUGGGAAUGGUAGUUUGUAAGGAGUCAAAAGGAGAUUCCUAAAUUUUCCUCACAGAGCUACAAUUCCCAGAGAGGCUUAACAAUCAAUCCAUCAGUCUACUCUACUCUACUCUAGUAAAACUGUAGGCAUAUAUUGAGUAUUCUCUGUGUUAACAUACUACUGUGGCUAAUAUUGGCUUACUUAUAGAUUAAAUCCCCCUAAUACAAUAUCUCUUGUUCACAUGUUCUAGGUAAUGCUGCCAGGUUCUCUGAGAAUGCAACACCUAUCCAGGGCUGGCGUGGUGAUGGGGACUUCCAUUUCAAACCCUUCUUUGCUGCCUCUCCACCACUGGGCCAGUCUGGCAACAGCUUCUUUACCUCUCCUGGCAAUGGUUUGGAACAGCAAGCAGGAGGCAACAAGGCAUAUAAAAUUAAGAGAAUAUAA